AUGACGAUGAUGAUUGAGCGCGUGAACGCCAACUCCCCGGCACAGGCCGUGAAGAGCCGCGCACGCGGGCCGACGAUUACGCAGCUGCGUGCCAAGCAGGCCGCUCUUGUGGCCGCAGCUGAGCUCGCAGCUUCGAGUAACGCCGAGGCGAGUGUGGUAAGGCACUCGCCCGUCGACGAAGCCAAGCGGUGGGCAAGCGGCAAAGGCCGCAAAGUGGGCUUCUCAAAAGCACGUGCCACCUUCCGUGGCGGCGGCACGGGAAUCGCGGCGACGGCCGCUCAUCAAGAAGGCCCGCUGGCGCGGCACCGAACAAAUUGGAGACUAAUAAAAGGCGCCGCAUGGGUACAAUGGAGGAAAUUUAAGUUUCCACAGUACCACAUAGCGUAG